ACAGCGUUUUAGCCUGGAAGCUUAGUUUGGUAAAUACUUUUGCCACGCAACCAUUUUGGUUAAUAUUUGCCAAAAUUGGCUCACUUUGGAAAAACGUCCGGCCCAUACAUAAAUGCUCCGUAAUAAUCAGGAAUCCUUUUGUUAUAGUCAGUGCUUGAGAAAUUUUCUGGCAUUUUACUCUGAAGACAGAGAGAUUCAAGCUCCUCAUAAAACUGAGACAGACUUGUUAAUAAGUUGGAAUUAUACGGGGCAUGGUACUAUGGAUCGACUUGACAAUGCAGCACGCGUUAUGUUGGUUUCAGAUCUUGACUACACAAUGGUUGAUCACGAUGAUUCCAAGAAUAAUGCUCUUUUAAGGUUCAAUGCACUGUGGGAAGCAUAUUUUCGCCAUGAUUCCCUACUGGUUUUUUCUACGGGACGAUCGCCUAUUAGCUACAAAGAGUCGAGGAAUGAAAAACCCUUGCUUACUCCAGAUAUAACUGUUAUGUCUGUGGGAACUGAGAUUGCUUAUGGGGAUUCUUUCGUGCCUGAUGUUGAUUGGGAACAAUCUCUUAAUCACAAGUGGGAUCGAAAGAUUGUGACAGAAGAAACUGAUAAGUUUUCCGAACUUGUGCUUCAGUCUGAAACUGAGCAGCGUCCUCACAAGGUUAGCUUCUUCGUGGACAAGGCUAAGGCGUCCAAAGUGAUUGAGGUUCUUGAGGCACGCCUAGUAGAAAGAGGGUUAGACAUCAAAAUUAUCUAUAGUGGCGGGGUUGCUCUGGAUGUGUUACCAAGAGGAGCUGGCAAAGGACAGGCUCUCACAUACUUGAUGAAGAAAUUUGAUGGUAAAAAUCCUAGGAACACUCUUGUAUGUGGUGAUUCGGGAAAUGAUGCCGAACUGUUCAGCGUUCAAGGAGUUUAUGGUGUCAUGGUCAGUAAUGAACAGGAAGAGUUAUUGCAAUGGCAUGCAUUAAACGCGAAAAACAACCAGAAUAUACUUCUUUCCUCUGAAAGAUGUGCUGCUGGCAUCAUACAAGCCAUUGCUCAUUUUGAUCUAGGGCCUUGUAUAUCACCAAGGGAUGAAAUGGACUCUUUGGAAUACUCAAAGCAAUAUAUGAAUCCGGGAUAUGAAGUUGUUAAUAUGUAUCUGGCUUGUGAGAAAUGGCAACGUGGAGAAGUUGACAAGUCUGAGAAAUUUAUUCAGAAUUUGAAGUCAAAGUUUCAUUCAUCAGGGGUCUUUGUCCAUGCUUCUGGAGUGGAGAAACCUCUCUGUAACUGCUUAGACUCACUGGAGAAGUCUUAUGGACAUAUGCAAGGUCGCAGAUUUACGAGGGUUGAUCGAGUUUCUUCUGCUCAGAUUGGUUCUGAUACUUGGCUUGUGAAAUUUGACAAGUGGGAAUCAUCAGUUGAAAUAACCAGAAUCUUUGCUGUCGUGAUAAAUUUUGCUAUGGUGUCUCUAGGUAAGGAGUGUCGUUGCUGUUUAACAACAGUUUUACUGAACUUAAAGUCCGAAGGAUUCACUUGGAUGCAUGUACAUCAGACGUGGAUGAACGGAACCACAUUUGAAACUGAAAGGGAGUGGCUGUUCUAGAACCUUGACUAAGAAGGAAUGGGUAUGGAGUUAUAAGUUUCAGAGAGCCAUGUAAGUUACAGAUACAAUGGUGCUGAUAAAGGAGACAAAUUAAACGUCAAAAGUGCUACUUCCCCUGUAUGCUGCUUGCUGUCAUAGAUCAAGGGUUUGGCUAGAGCGGUGUAUGCAUUUUUAAUCACAUGAAUGCAAUUUAUACGAUGGUCAUUUUUUUAAAUUGCCAUGGUUGAAUACUUGGAGGCUUAUAGAACUUUGUCUAGUAUGGCCAGGUUUUGUAUUAGACGGCCUCCCAAUAAUUUAUCCUGAGAUAACAGUGACUUGUGAACAUGUCUAGGAGAGGUAUUUUAGGUUUGCGACAAUUCAGCAUAAAAUAAGAUUUGUACAUUUUGAGUUUUUGACAUAAUUGAAUUACAUUAUUACAACUUGUCAUUUUGUUGAA